GGAAGACGACGGCGUCCGGACACCAUAGAAAUAGAGAGGAGGGGAGAGGAGAGGUGGAGGCGGGCAGCACCAAGAAUGGCGUGCUCCACCAGUCUCUGCUUCUCGGCGUCGAUUCCUCCUCCUCCAGCCUCUUGCUCUUCCGGCUCCUCCCGCUUCCUCGCAAUCCAGCAUGUCUCCUCUGCCCCGUCCUUGUUCAGAUGGGCAAUCCAAUACAAGCAAUCGGGGCAUACAUUACAUCGGAGAAGCCACGUGCUGGCCUUUGCUAGUGCAGAUGCACCACAAGGCAAAAGAAACUCAGGUGCUAAUGUUGUGAUGGUUGAUCCACUGGAAGCUAAGCGUCUAGCUGCUAAACAGAUGCAAGAAAUUAGGGCCAAAGAAAAGCUGAAGAGGCGACGUCAAGCAGAAGCGAUUAACGGCGCGUUGGCAAUGAUAGGACUGACUGCUGGAUUGGUACUGGAAGGUCAGACAGGAAAGGGUAUCUUGGGCCAGCUAGCUGGAUAUUUGGCGGCUAUUUCUAGUUUAUUUGAGCAAUAGAGGAUCAUGUUUGGAGAUUUAUUUUCACAUUCCUUGGACACAACAGCUCGUCUGAAUCUAUUUACUGGAUCCAUCCAAUUUUUUUGGGAGUUAAUCCUAGCUGGCUGUGCAAUAACACACCCAGAUUUGUAUGUUUAUCAAGCGCUAUAGCAUGGGCUGAACAUUAAUAUACAGUAUAACAGAUUUAUUCAAUGUACCCCAACAAUUUCUGAUGAUGAUAUUUAGCAGCUGCUAAAGAGCAGUCCUACUCUUGCUUCA